GCGCGUCCGCGGAGCAGCGCGAGCGGACUUCACGGGAAGGGUUUAUGCGCAAAGUGCGGAAAGCUUAGAGAAGGAGCGGAUAACAAUCAGGCUCUACUGAAGAUGUGACUUGUGGAUUACACGCUUUACUCCCUAAAUAGAUUUCUUCAAAUUCACUGACACAUUUUUGCACUACCGCUGUUUUUUUUGUUUAGUUUGUUUGUUUAGCCUUUUUGUUUCUGUGCUGUCUUUUGGAUUAUGAUUUCCUCAUGGGGCUCGGUUAGCUCCAUCUCUGGGGUCCUUUACCCCUCCUUUAUCGACCAGUAGAAAGGCCCAACAUUUAUAUUCAUUCCAGAACUCUCAGUUUUGGAAUCCCUCCUCAGAGAUCUCCUUUGUUAACUUCUUCAUUGAUCAUGGAACCACAGUGGAGACCGGUUUCCUACCCCUUGUCUCCCUCCUUCAUCUUCCUCCUCGUGGCUACUUCUUACACUUGGCUCAUUCCCGUCGCCUCCCCUCAGCGAAUCCCCACAGACCCUCAGGCGGCACCAGAGUACGCCCACUCCAUCCGACUAGAUGGCGAUAUUAUACUUGGCGGAUUAUUUCCAGUGCACGCCAGAGGGGACCGUGGCACGCCAUGUGGCGAGCUAAAAAAGGAAAAGGGCAUCCACCGCUUGGAGGCCAUGAUGUUCGCCAUCGACCUGAUCAACAAGGACCCUGAACUGCUACCCAACAUCACACUGGGGGCCCGGAUCUUGGAUACCUGCUCCAGGGACACGUACGCUCUGGAGCAGUCCCUGACGUUUGUACAGGCCUUGAUAGAGAGGGAUGGAUCGGAUGUCCGCUGUGCCAACGGAGACCCUCCAAUCUUCACCAAGCCGGAUAAAAUCGUAGGAGUCAUCGGAGCUGCAGCCAGCUCAGUGUCGAUUAUGGUGGCCAACAUCCUGCGCCUGUUUAAGGAAAGACAGCAGUGAGCGGAACGUGAGUGAAGGAGACUUUGCAAGGAAGCGAGAGAAGAAAGGGGAAUUAAGACAAGAAAAGAGUGAAGAUUGGAGAAGGAAAAUAGACAGAAGGAUAAAGGUACAAAUAAAAGAUAAA